UGUGAUAUCCUCCAUCGAAUUCGCCAGCUAUGGAACUCCAAGAGGUAGCUGUGAGAAGUUUUCUACCGGGAAAUGCCAUGCAGCCAAAUCGUUAUCAAUCGUCUCUGAGGCUUGUCAAGGACGUAACAGCUGCUUCAUCGAAGUGUCAAAUGCUGCAUUUCGCAGUGACCCAUGUAGCGGAACUUUAAAGACGUUAGCGGUUAUGGCACAAUGUUUGCCCAGGCCCGGCUCUAAGGGACAGGAUCCACUCAUUUUUCAUUAAUUUUCUAUGCAUUUUAGGAUUCUCAGAUUUAUAGAAUUGUAUAAUUAAGUGUCCAAAUUUUCAGAUUUACAGCUAAUUUUUAAGUUUUUUAA